CCUCUGUAAGGAAGGAGAAUCUGUUGAACACACAAACACACACACAAACACACACACAGCAGGCUCUCGUCACUUGUUUUUGUUUCCUUGCUCCCCAGCUGGUCCGACCCUUCCCUCCCGUCUUUCUCUCUUUCUCUUGCUCUCCUCGGUCCAUUCCAGUUCUCUCCUCCCUGCGGUUGUGAGUGUACUUUUCGGGUGAGCGAUGUGUUGUUCGGUGGGUUUCGCCAGGUCUCUGGGUCUGGCCCUGCUGCCUCUGGCCCUCUGCUGCAUCCUGGCCAACCUGCUGCUGCUGUUUCCCAUGGGAGAAAUCACCUACAUCCAGCAGGACCGUCUGGCCAACUACGUCUGGUACUUUGGUGGACUUGGAGGAGGGGGAGCACUGAUGCUGGUUCCAGCGGUGGUCUUCAUCACUCUGGGGAAAUGUAACUGUUGUUGGAAUGAGAGCUUAAUGAUGUGCGGGUCAGUGUUGGCAGCUGUGGUCGGCCUGGUGGGGUCUGGUUACUGUUUCGUCGUGUCAGGAUUUGCCUUGAUGCAGGGUCCCCAGUGCUUCACUUCUUAUGGAUGGACGUACCCAUUUGCAGACAAGGGGGGCAGGUAUCUCUUACAACCAGAGACGUGGUCACGGUGUCUUCAGCCGGUUCACAUCGUGGAGUGGAACGUGACUCUGCUGUGUGUGUUACUGGGCCUGGCUGUGCUUGAGUUCAUCAUCUGUCUGUUACAGCUGGGCAACGGUUUAGUCAACGCCGUCUGCCGGCCCUGUUGCUACAAGCAGGAGUAUAGUCUGAACGCGUAAAUCAACACACACAUGUAUGUAGACUCACCUGCUGAGACACAAGUGCCUGUGCACACAUAAACAAAUCACACACUCAAUAUGUAUGCACAGAUACAGGACAUUAAUGGACACACGUGGAAGCGGAAGUCUGCACACACAGCACCAUGUGUGCGAGUACAAUUCAACCUUACUUAGACACACCUACAGUAUCAUGGACUUCUGACAGCCACGUCAGUGUAAUCACUAUAUUUUCAAGCUUUUGAUUUGCCCUUUUAGAGUGGCAAAAAUCACCAGGCAGUCAUUGAUGAUAGUUAUGAUUAUGAUGAUGAGCUUUUCUGGUGCAGUAGUCUCAACAUUUCAAAGGCAACAGGUUAUUAGUACAUAAUAAUGUAGAUAUGUGUGUGAGCGUGUGUCCUGAAUACUCCAUAGAAAAUAUAGUAAACUUAAAUAAUAAAGACAAAGUAGAUAAUGAUAACGACAACAAUAUUAAUAAUAUUAUUUAGUAUAUUGUCCUAUCCUAUAUGGGAUAGGUUUCACUGAAGUAAGUAGCAGUGUGUGAAACUUUCAUUUGCUUUUUUAAAGAAGAAGAUAAAAAACAACUGUUCUCAAACUUGAGUGACAACUGUUCACUUCAUGACAUUUACAUUCUUAAUUUCAAGGUUGCAUCACUUUCUUUGUUAUCAUUAUUGGCGGUAUACUUUCUGUACUUUCAGAAACCCAACAACUACAUUACCGCUUUUAUUGCUAAAACAGAUGAUAUUACACUUCAAACCAAUGAUAUUAAACUAGUGUACUUAAGAUGGCAGCCACAUAUUGUUUGAUAAUGGUGGAAAAGACAGAAGCUUGGUGUUGCAAGGAGAGAUGCACAUUUCCAUUAUUUGGUUGUUUAUCCGCAUCUUGGCUGUCAUGAUUAUCUGGUUGUUGUUGUUCCAACAUUUAUACACUGUUGGAUCACUUAAGGAUUACGAGCAGAUUUUUGUGUUUGUACAUUUGUUUUAAUUUUCAGAGCAUUUUGUUGGAAAUUGUUUUCUUUACGUCUUUCAGAAGCUAGAUCAGUUUAAACAGACAUUUUAUAUAUAUUUUAGUGACAUAUUUUUAUAAUGUUCGUUUGUUUGUGCCGCCUUUAAUAAAAAAUGUCUAUUUCCA